CGUAAAAUAUAUCUGGAAAACGCUACACAUCCAUGUCCACGUUGUAAAAAGUUAGAUACAGUUCAAUUAACACGUUUUGAAAAUGAAUUAAUUAUAUGUAACAAGAGAAUUGGAUUACCAAAUAACAUGAGUGUUCGAUAUGCUUGUAAAUCGUGUAAUUGGAAAAAUGACAGUUUACCAGAUAAUAAUGAAACUUCUUUACCCAUU